CGACUGCUGGCGAUAUUUAUAGACGACCUGAUGCACGGCAACUCUGAUCAUGGUUCCGUUAUGUCGUACAGUUCAUGGAUCGGUGGUUGAAGCGUUAGGUGGUUGCAUGUACCGCACUGUCAAAGACCUACCUCGCUGAGCACCAAAACAUAUAUGUGAGAGUGAAGACGGAUUGUGAGACAGGAAGGCUGAAUUGGAUAUUCAGUGUGAAACAAAAUGGUGGCAGCAACUUAAAUCGGAACGGCUGUUUACGCUGACUUAGUCUCCGCAGUAACCAUAGUAACGGCAGACGCAUCAUGAAGGAGAUGUUUGGGUUUUUCCUGUUUACAUCAAUGCUGUCUGUCCGUGGAGCCACGCCCUGUGAUUGGGGGACGUAUGGCGAACACUGCAACCUCACCUGCCCCCUCAACUGCCACACCAACGUCGACAGACAACUUCGUCACUGUCACCAGCAGACAGGCCGAUGCUCGGAGGGAUGUAUCGCGGGAUGGUACGGUGACAGGUGUGAGACACGCUGCAGCCAGAACUGCCUCAAUGACGUCUGUAUUCGCCUGAAUGGACAGUGCCACCUGGGUUGUAAAGACAAUCACACCAACACGGGAGACUACUGUAAUGUCACUAAAGAAAUUGGGCCAUCUGACAGCGACUCCGAUGACCAAGACAGCGGGUUGGUCAGUAUCCUGGUCCCCCUCGCCGUCCUCAUCAUUUUAGUAGUAGCCGCUGUAGCCGGUUAUUUCUUCUUGAGACAUCGUCGGAACCGACACCGGACGAACUUAAAUGAAAGUUGUCGAGAAGAAAUGGCGUUGAUUGAUAGCCCGUUUAAAAAAGGCGAAACAAGUGAAGUUCCACAUCCUGACUCUGUAGACCAAGGGCCAAGAGGAAGCUCUGGCAACACUGGAGUCAUGGGCAAAGAUGCAUUGGACCGAGAAAUAGCCAAAACUAAAGAGGUCUUCCUGGAGACCUCCAUCUUCUGGACAGUGAAGGACAUGCUGGAGAAGUGCGGGCACGUGACAAUGAGUGGAGCGGCAGGUGGAGGGAAGAGAUCCAUUGCUGUCAUGUUGGGGGCACAUUAUCAAGAACAGGGAUUUCAACUGGUUCAUGUUGUUGACGUUUGCAGAUUCAAGCUGUCUGAAUACAUUGGCCUUGAGAAGGAUGUGUGUUUUAUAUUUCAUGACAUAUUGAGGACGCUAGACUUCUCACAGGACGUUUCCCAGCUCCGGGACAUGCUGCGGGACCUCCGACAAUGUCAGGGUGAAGACAUGGAUGAACGUGAAACAGGCGAGCGACUUAGGUACAAGGUUUAUGCUAUUAUUACCACAAACAUGCAUAAUGUCAAAACUGGAAUAUCCCAACUUGAGGAACAAGAAAACAUCUUCUUCAAAGGACCUUCAUUCCUUGACUUGACAGACAUGUCAUACACAGUUGAAGAGAAGAAGGAAAUAUUUCUCCAGCAUUGUAAAAAUCGUCAAAUAGCAUUAGACGUGGACAAGAUUUGUCAAUUUGAACAAACUUUCCUAGGCUUUCCUCAAACGUGCAAACUUUUUUUCGAAUUUCAAAACUUUCAAAAAUAUUCGGAACGCUUUUUUCAGGCGCCUUUCCGUUAUCUUAGGGAAGAACUUCUGACAAUUCUUCAAGGCCUUAAUGACAAGGCUGCUGCCCUGAUUGUGAUGUUUCUGAGUGACGAUGACCUCAACAUUCACCAAGUAGAAAGUCAGUCUGACAACCAAGUGCUGGAGGCUAUCUUCGCAUCAGUGGAGGAUGUAGUACACAUAUCAUCCAGGACAGCAGUUGCCAUGGCAAUCAGACAAUUCCGGGGUACUUUUUUCACCAAAGGAGACAUUACAGGGUUUUCACAUCGUACCGUAUAUAAUGCGUGUGCUUGUGCCCUGUUUGAUAUCAACCCUUCCUUUGUCCUGAAGCACUGCCGUGCACAAUUCCUCGAUGAGUAUGUACAAGGUGGACAAGGGGACACAACCGUCGUCAGCAAGUACGAGCCACGUGUUUACUUGUCGGAUCUCUACACCGAGGCCCUAGAGGAAAGAUUGGCUGAUGUAAUUGGGAGUAAAGGAAUCAAUCAAGGGAAAAAUGGAAUCAAAGGGAGGGUGCAACACUGGAACCAUAAGCAAAGAAUUACUGGACAAUGAGAUUGCAGAAACGAAGAAGUCCUUCGUGAAGACCUCCAUCUACUGGAUAGUGAAGGACAUGCUGGAGAAGUGCGGACACGUGACAAUGAGUGGUGCGGCAGGGGGCGGAAAGAAAUCCAUUGCUGUCAUGUUGGGGGCACAUUAUCAAGAACUGGGAUUUCAACUGAUGUAUGUUGCUGACGUUUGCAGAUUCAAGCUGUCUGAACACAUUGGUCUUGGAAAGGAUGUGUGUUUCAUAUUUCACGACAUAUUCAGGACACAAGACUUGAAAGAUGUAUCUCACCUUCGAGACCUUCUCCAGGAACUCCAACAAUAUUUUGUAAAAUUCUCAUCCAGGUCUGAAACGAAAAGCGGUAAGCGAUCAUCUGCCAGAAAAAAAACAAGGGUGUACGCCAUUUUCACAACAAACAUCCACGAUGCUAAAAGCAGAAUACCACAACUUGGGGAACUGGACACCUUUUUCUUCAAAGGCUCUUCAAGUUUUGACUUGACAUAUACGUCAUCCUGCCAAUACACAGUAGAGGAGAAGAAGGCCAUCUUCAUGAAUCAUUGUAAACAUGAUCAAACAUCAUUUGAUGUAGAUACAAUCUGUAAGUUUGAUCAGUCCUCUCUUGGAUUUCCUCAAACAUGCAAACUAUUUGUUGAAUACCUGAAUUUUCAACGCCAUUGUGAAGAUUUCUUCCGGGAUCCUUUCCAUUACUUAAGAGAGGAACUUGUCUCAAUUCUUCAAUGCAUGAAUGAGCAGCCGGCUGCGCUUGUUCUAAUGUUCCUGUGUUCAGAUAAGUUGAAUUUGCGUGAGUUAGAAAGAUCUGAGAACUCAAUCCUUGAAGAUCUCUUGAAGACAGCGAAAGGUGUUGUUCCAAUAAAAACGCGAACAUCAGUUGUCAUGGCUGUCAGAAGAUUCCGUGGUACGUUUUUCACCAAAGGAGACAUCACAGGAUUUUCACACCAAACGGUAUAUAAUGCCUGUGCUUCUGCCUUGUUUGAUAUCAACCCAUCCUUCACCUUGGAGCAUUGUCAUCUCCAAUUCCUUCGUGACUAUGUACAUGUUCAGUCCGGGGACACCACGACUGUUGACAAAUAUAAGCCCCUGAUCUUGCUGUCAGAGGUAUAUGGUGAGAUCUAUGCCAAACGAUUGGCUGGCACACCGAUCAGUCAUCCUUAAGUGAAGGAAUAAACAGUGUACAAAAUACGAAGUAUCGAAUAGAUAAGGAUUUGAAAUCAGCGAGUACUACUUUGUAUGUACUUACUUUGUAUGUAGAAGACAAGACUAGUGAUCUCAGUAGCUGAGUUUAGCCGAUAAUAACAGGGUACGAGGCAAAUGUGCAAUCAGUCACGCCAUGAGACUACUUCUUGAUCGAUAUACCUACAUAUUGACCACACCUCGGCGGGAUAAAUGAUAAAACAUUUCCUUGAUUGAAGCUAAUAAGGCAAUAGGUAUGUUGUAUAUCUGCUGCCAUAGCAGCCACAUCUUGGCUGGACAAUGUUGAUAAAACACUUCCUUAACUGAAGCUGCUGGGGCAUCUGUUGCAUGAUAGGACAAUGACCAUUCCAAUUGUGUCAUACACUGACCAACCUCCUUCUAAGCUUGUAACCAGUGCACACAAUGCAAAGCUCAACUGCAACAGCUCGAGCACCCGAACAGGUGCAAGGUAUUCAUGUUUGCCCCUUGGGAAAUCAGGUCAAUGUUCAAUAUCCAAGGAAAGGUGACACUUGGGAAGUUGAAGUCAUCCCCCUUGUCAAACAGUCUUGUGGAGAGUAUUUCGUUUUUCAUUUUUGAGAAAUGGUCCUGAACCUCUGAGGAGUGAGUGAGUCAGUGAGCUGGGUUCAACAGUAUGCCAGUUAUAUCUAGGCAUGUCAGGUUAAUGUGGGCGGGAAGCUCGAAGAGAUGAAUGUCUUAGACACGGGUAUGAUGCUGACAACCUCUGAACAUUAAGAUGCAACUAUGGUCACCAGGUUUAGCAGUGAGUGAGUGCGUUGGGUUUAACGCCGAUUUUAACAGUAUUACAGUUAUAUCACGGCGUGUCAGCUUAAUGUGGGAGGAAAGCCCGAAGUGAUGCGAAUCUCAGACGUUUACAACUUCG